AUGCGCCUCCUCAACUCCCUAGCCCUCGCGGCAACAGCAGCCCUCCAAACGAGCAGCGCCCUCGCCGCUUCCCUAACCCUCUCCGUCCCCUCCUCUCAAGCCCUCCCGAACCCCUACACCCUCCCGCCCUCAACCCACGCGACGCUCUCCACCCUCGGCGCCUCCUUCUCCGCGCCGUUGUCGGUCAAGAACACCUUUGUCUUCUACAACCUCACGGGGCCCGGGUCCUACCUGGUCGACGUCCACUGCGCGACCCACGCUUUCGCGCCCUUACGCCUCGAUGUCGCCGCCGACGGCGGGCUGGCUGCCUGGGAGACGUACCGCGGCAACGACUGGGAUAACAAGGGCGAGGUCUACGCCUCCAAGGACUUUGAGGGCGGCGGGAAGGGGUUCGAGGUCCGGGUUCUCGGUCAGAAGAAUUACUUUGUCGAGAGGAGCAAGUUAUCCAUCCACUCCGUCGUCAUGAAACC